AUGAAUUCCGAAGAAACUACACAAAUUGAAAAGGACAAGGCUUCGCCAGGUAAUAUUAUCGUUGUCUCGAACAGAUUACCUGUCACAAUUAAUAAAAAUGCUGAGACAGGUCAAUAUGAAUACAAGAUGUCAUCGGGGGGGCUUGUGACCGCUCUACAGGGGCUAAAAAAGACGUCAACUUUUCAAUGGUACGGUUGGCCAGGUUUGGAGAUUCCAGAUCAUGAAAAGGAGGUUGUCAAAAAAGACCUGUUGGAGAAAUUCAAUGCGGUGCCAAUUUUUCUGACAGACGAAAUAGCAGAUUUGCACUAUAACGGAUUUAGCAAUUCUAUAUUGUGGCCGCUCUUUCACUACCAUCCCGGUGAAAUUAAUUUUGAUGAAAACGCUUGGUUAGCGUAUAACGAAGCUAAUUUAACUUUUGCGAAGGAAAUUUGCAAGAACGUUCAUGAUAACGAUGUUAUAUGGGUUCACGAUUAUCAUUUGAUGUUGUUACCUGAGAUGAUUAGAGACCAUCUUACUCAAUCGAAAAAAUUACAAAAUGUCAAGCUUGGUUGGUUUUUGCAUACGCCUUUCCCAUCAAGUGAAAUUUAUAGAAUUUUGCCUGUGAGACAAGAAAUUUUGAAAGGUGUGUUGAGUUGUAACUUAAUUGGAUUUCAUACAUAUGAUUAUGCGAGACAUUUUCUAUCAGCGGUUCAAAGGGUUCUUAACGUGAAUACGUUACCUAAUGGUGUUGAGUAUCAAGGUAGAUUUGUUAAUGUGGGUGCUUUCCCCAUUGGUAUAGACGUUGAUACGUUCACAGAAGGUUUGAAACAGGAAAAGGUGAAGAAAAGAAUCCAGGAGUUAAAGCAAACUUUCAAAGGCUGUAAAAUUAUUGUUGGUGUGGAUAGAUUGGAUUAUAUUAAAGGUGUUCCACAAAAAUUGCACGCAAUUGAAGUUUUUCUAAACGAACAUCCUGAAUGGAUAGGUAAAGUUGUACUGGUUCAAGUAGCAGUUCCAAGUCGUGGUGACGUGGAAGAAUAUCAAUAUUUAAGGCUUGUUGUAAAUGAAUUGGUUGGUAGAAUCAAUGGUCAAUUUGGUACUGUUGAAUUCGUUCCGAUUCAUUUCAUGCAUAAAAGUAUUCCAUUUGAGGAAUUGAUUUCAUUGUAUGCUGCAAGUGAUGUUUGUUUAGUCUCUUCUACUCGUGAUGGUAUGAAUUUGGUCUCUUAUGAAUACAUCGCUUGUCAAGAAGAAAAAAAGGGAACUUUAAUAUUAAGUGAGUUUACAGGCGCUGCUCAAUCUUUAAAUGGUGCUCUAAUUGUUAACCCAUGGAACACCGAUGAACUCUCGGAUGCCAUUAACGAGGCUUUGACCUUACCAGAUGAGAAAAAAGAUGCGAACUGGGAAAAGCUUUACAAGUACAUUUCAAAGUACACAUCGGCCUUCUGGGGUGAAAGUUUCGUUCAUGAGCUGUUUAGUGCUUCAAAUGAAUCAAAAUGA